AUGGACGCUACCAUGAAGAUGACCUCGUCUGCCAGCAAGAUCUCUUGCCGCGCAGCCCCUGGUUCGCUGCUGCCUCCGCUUUCCAGCCGUGUUGCAAGCAAGCGCAUCGUCAUCGGGGCUGCUGCUCCGCCGGAGGGCGCUGCGACCGCUCCCGCACCUUUCGAUAUCAGAUCCUCCGAUCCCCUCCGACCUGUGGCCAGUAAUGCCCGGACCUCGGGCAAUAUCCUUCCCUUCGCGCCACCUGAAGCGACCUCUAGCAAGAAGUUGCGAACUCCUAGGAAGGCGCCCAUGGACGGCAACGAGGCCGCCGCACACGUCGCUUACGCCGUCUCGGACGUGUCCUUCAUCUACCCUAUCACCCCCGCUACGGUCAUGGGCGAGCUCGUGGACCAGUGGGCAGCUGAGGGCAAAACCAACGUUUUCGGCAACGUUAUGAGCGUGACUGAGAUGGAAAGCGAGACAGGCGCGGCAGGUGCACUUCACGGUGCGCUGGCAGCCGGCAGUCUGGCCACCACCUUCACGUGCUCCCAGGGGCUGCUGCUGAUGGUGCCCAACAUGUACAAGAUUGCUGGCGAACUGACGCCCUGUGUGCUGCACGUGACGGCGAGGGCACUGGCCCGCCACGCGCUCUCCAUCUUCGGCGACCACCAGGACGUCAUGGCGGUGCGGCAGACUGGUUGGGCUAUGUUGUGCAGCCACAGUGUUCAGGAGGCUCACGAUAUGGCGCUGGUGGCCCAUCUGGCCACGUUGCGGACAUCGCUGCCCUUCGUGCACUUCUUUGACGGAUUCCGGACCAGCCACGAAAUUAACACCAUCGAGAUGAUUGACAACGCCGACAUCCAGGAGCUACUGAGCAAGUCCGUCUACGCGGAGGCUAUCCGCCAUCACCGCACUCGGGCUCUUAACCCCACCCACCCGCACCAGCGCGGUACGGCACAGGGAUCCGACGUGUACUUCCAGUGCGUGGAGGCCGCCAACCCUUUCUACGACAAUGCGUUCGAGCACGUGCUCGCGGCCAUGGCUGAGGUGACGGCCAUCACGGGCCGGUCGUACAAGCCGUACGAGUACGUGGGUGCUCCUGACGCGGACAAGGUGAUUGUGAUCAUGGGCAGUGGCAGCCAGGCGGUGGAGGAGGCGGUCGAGUACCUCAAUGGCACCGGGCACCGGGUCGGAGUUCUUAAGGUACGUCUCUUCCGGCCCUGGCGGUCCGAGUCGUUCCUGGGCGAGCUGCCCAGUUCCGUCUCCAAGAUUGCCGUGUUGGACCGCACCAAGGAGAGUGGCGCCGCCGGCGAGCCCAUGUACCAGCAAGUGGCGGCAGCGCUGCACCAGCUGGAGCUGGACAACCCCACGAUGCCUCGUCGUUCCAUCGUGGGCGGUCGCUUCGGUCUGGCCUCCAAGGAGUUCCUGCCCUCACACGCCGUGGCCGUGUUCGAGAACCUGGACGCCCCCACCCCCAUGCGCGACUUCACCGUCGGCAUCAUGGACGACGUGACGCGGCGCAGCCUGCCGCCCUCGCAGCUACUGCCAGCGGGUGUGUCCACCCUCCCUCCCGGGACCUUCGAGUGCCUUUUCUGGGGUAUGGGCUCCGACGGCACCGUGGGCGCCAACAAGGAGGCAAUAAAGAUCAUCGCCUCCAACACGCCCCUGUCGGCACAGGCGUACUUCUCGUACGACGCGCACAAGAGUGGCGGAGUGACGGUGAGCCAUCUGCGUUUCGGGCCGAGCAAGAUCCGCGCGCCGUACCUGGUACAGCAGGCGGACUACAUGGCCGUCAACCACCAGUCGUACAUGGCCAAGUACGAUACGCUGGCGGGGCUGAAGCCUGGCGGCGUGCUGGUGCUCAACACCACUUUCACCACUGUCGAGUCGCUCAGCAAGUACCUGCCCGCCUCGGUGAAGAAGCGGCUGGCUGCCCUGCAGCCCCGUUUGUACCUGAUUGACGCGCUGUCCGUGGCCCGGUCUUCCGGCCUGGGCAAGCACGUCAACAUGGUCAUGCAGACGGUGUUCUUCAACCUGAGCGGAGUGCUGACUAUGGACAAGGCCAUUGCGCUGCUGAAGAAGUCGAUCUCCAAGGCUUACGAGCGCAAGGGCCCCGAGGUUGUGGCCAAAAAUCACGCAGCCGUGGAUGCCGCUAUCGCUGCGCUGAAGCACGUGGAGAUCCCUGCUUCCUGGGCGGAUGUGCAAACAGCCGCGCUGCACCCUAACCCGCCUGCCAAGACCAACUCCGGCAGCCGGUGGGAAUUUAUGGAGCAAGUGGCGCGACCCAUGCUGGCCCUGGAAGGCGACAAAUUGCCCGUCAGCAUAUUCUCACCAGAGGGCUUCGUUCCCCCGGGCACCACCAUCAUCGAGAAGCGCGCCAUCGCCUCCCAGGUGCCCGUGUGGAAGUCCGAGAACUGCACCCAGUGUAACAUCUGCGCCUUCGUGUGUCCGCACGCCGCGAUCCGGCCCUCUCUCGCCCAGCCGGGAGAGCUGGCGAACGCGCCCGCAGCCUUUACCUCCAUUCCCGCCAAGGGACCGGGCCUGCAGGGCUUGCAGUACCGCAUCCAGGUGUCGCCGUACGAUUGUACGGGAUGUGACUUGUGCACGCACGCGUGUCCGGACAACGCGCUGGAGGCUAAGCCCCUGAGCAGUGUUCUGGAGGUGGAGAACGCCAAUUGGGACUUCGCACGCUCGCUUCCAGUGCUUGACAACCUGAUGGACCGUACCAGCGUGAAGGGCUCUCAGCUGCAGCAGCCCCUCAUGGAGUUCUCGGGCGCGUGCGAGGGCUGCGGCGAGACGCCGUACGUCAAGCUGCUGACUCAGCUCUUCGGCGACAGGCUCAUCAUCGCCAACGCCACCGGCUGCUCGUCCAUCUGGGGCGGCUCCGCACCCUCCAACCCGUACACCACCAAUGCGGACGGCUACGGACCUGCCUGGGCCAACUCCCUGUUUGAGGACAACGCCCAGUUCGGCCUGGGUAUUGCCACGGGCACGCUGCAGCGCCGUCAGGCCCUGCACCGCCGUGUGGAGCAAUUGUUGGCGGCCCCGCAGGAAGCCGUGGCUCCCAGCGAGAAGUUGCGGAGUGCGCUGAGCCGCUGGGCGGAGCAUUACCAGGACGCGGAGGUGGCCAACGUGGUGGCGAAGGAGCUUCAGCCGCUGCUCGAGGCCGAGAAGGACACGGCGGGGCCUGCGCUGGCUGCCGUGUACGCCGAGCGUGACAUGCUGCACAAGCCGUCGACGUGGAUUGUUGGCGGUGACGGCUGGGCGUACGACAUUGGUUUCGGAGGGCUGGACCACGUGCUGGCAUCUGGCGAGAAUGUCAACAUUCUUGUGCUGGAUACCGAGGUGUACAGCAACACAGGCGGACAACGUUCCAAGGCUACGCCCAUGUCCGCCGUCGCCAAAUUCGCCGCGGGUGGCAAGGAGCGUCCGAAGAAGGAUCUGGGCGCCAUCGCGAUGAGCUAUGGCGACGUCUACGUGGCUUCGACAUCCUUGCACGCCAACUAUGGUCAGGUGGUCAAGGCGAUGACGGAGGCUGAGCGCUACCCGGGCGUGAGCUUGGUGCUGUGCUACUCGCCGUGCAUGCUGCACGGUAUCUCCUCCGGCAUGUGCUCCGCCAUCGACGAGUCCAAGAUGGCUGUGGACACGGGCUACUGGCCGCUGUACCGCUACAACCCGGCCGUCAAGGAGGACUCCAGCCACCACCGCUUCCAGCUGGACUCCAAGAAGCUCAAGGGUGACAUCCACGAGCUGUUCGCGCACGAGAACAGGUUCCAGAUUCUGGAGCGGAAGGCGCCCGAGGCGGCAAGGCACAUGCACGAAGUCAUGGACGAAUCCGUACAUGAGCGCUUCCAAAAGUACAAGAACCUGGCGGCGGGAGGCCCGGGCAUCGCAUCGCAGCAGCAGGCGCCGCCCAAGCAGCAGUAG